AUGAUCUCGGCUACGGCUAUCAUCAGCAACAUUGGCACAUGCUAUGCCGCGCAACCUUACGAUCAGAUCCUAUCCAUAAUCGGCGAUACAAACCAGACUAUCGAACUCUAUCCAGACUAUACGACGUACUUCUCCGGCAUAAGUCCGAGUCAACAAGCCGUGAUACAUGCCAAUUCGAAGUCUCUAUCUGCUACUGAGGCUACUGUCGCCGCGGCUCAAGCUUACAUCCGCUAA